UCCCCCUGGCAUCCCCUCCCCUCAUCUCCUCUCCUCUUCUCGUCUAUGCAGCUUGUCACAGAGGCUGACGGAGCAUUGAGGCGACCUGAGCGCGGCGCGCGGGCGGAACAGGAACGAGCUUCCCUUAAUUAACGGAGCGCGAGCCCUACAGGAAUGCCAGCGAGACGCUGUUUAAAGAAGGGAUGCUAUAGCCAACAUGCUAUGAGAUGUACAAAUGAAUAGAAGUUGAAAUGGCUGAUCUUAAAGUCCUCUUUUGUGGUCAAGACGCUGUCCAAACUGAUCACCUUGACUGGUCCCUAAAACACCAACAAAUUCAUCACUCAGUGUGUGCAGAUGAAAGGGCCCUUUCCAAUGAAGAGUGCUGCCAGGCGUAUCUAGAGGAGAAUGUUAAUGAGGUGAACAGGCUUUCAGAACCAUGGACAGCGCCUCUGCCAAUUGGACGACUCUGCAAACACAAUGAAUGGGGAUUUGAUGAAGAAGUUGAGGUAUGUUACGAUGAGCAGUUUGAAACAGCUUUUCCUGGUGUGCCUGACUUUACUGACCAUAAAGACAAUCAGUUGUUAGCAGAGGAGACCAACUAUGACAAUUUCAGUUGGAAUUCAUCCAAAGAUCUCCAAGAAGGCGCCCCAGAAUGCUCCCUGCUGUCAGUUGAUGAUUUCAUGGUGGAUUCAUCAGAAAAGUCUGUGGAUUAUGGAUUUAUAGGUGCCGUUACAUUUUUAGUUACUGGGAUCUCCUUGGUUGUCAUCUCUUACACAGUCCCACGUGACGUCAAAGUGAAUCCCGAUACCGUUUCUGCCCGGGAGAUGGAGCGGUUGGAGAGGGAGAACGCCCAGGUGGGCGCUCACCUGGACAGAUGUGUGAUUGCAGGGCUGUGUCUCCUCACACUCGGUGGUGUGGUACUGUCAACCCUGUUGAUGAUUUCCAUGUAUAAAGGGGAGAUGAUCAGGAGACAAGCAUUUGCUUACUCCAAGCACCAAGCCAGACUCUAUGGCUCUAUGAAUUUUAGAAGUGGCACGAGCCCACCUGGUGCUCCUUCGCUUUUGUCCCUUGAUGAAGAUGAAGGUCCUGUUGAAAUCUUAAGUUUAAGCUGACUCAGCUUCUUGACUUGUUAUAUCCAUACUAAAACAUGAUCAAAACAGCGUUUGUAAUACUGUGAUCUAGGAGGACCCACUGUAAAACACAUUUUGUCAUUAAAAAAAAACAAUAUUGUUCAUAUCAUACUAUCUAAACUUACUAUUAAACUACUAAAUUACUACUAAAUUUGAGUCAAAUAAACUUGACUACAAAGGUGUCAUACAACAAAGGUAAUUUUAAGGGUCCAAUCAGGUUAAAAUACUACACUUUUUACAUUGUACUUAAUGGACAAAAUUAGAUGUUACAUCUAUGAAAAUUUAACAUACCAACAUGGACUUGAGCCCUGUUUAUGUGAAAAAUAUAUUUGUGUGAGUCUGUGUAUUUUUCCUAAGUAUCUGUUCAUGUAAAGAGUGCUUUACAAGUGUAGUGAUAUAA